AAGCCGAGAGAGGAAAAGGGGAGACGAAUGAAGGAAAGACGGGAAAGAUGUGAAGGGGGAAAUGUAUGGAAGAAAUGUAUUAUGAAGGCGAAGGGAGAGCGAGUAGAGAAUACGACUGACAAUGUCACUGUGCUGAGCAUUGAAUAAAAGAACAUUCUCAUGUGAAAGCUCGCGUGUUCGCCUCAUACGAACUGUGUUCUUUUACCAUCGUUACAUGUGUUUCGUCGCCUCAUACAGAGACUGUGCCAUUUUCCCACAUUACAUUUGGCGUCUGUGACCAAAGAACGUCGGUACUCCUUUGCGCACGCAACGCAAGAAACUAGCGAUGUACGAUGCACGCGCUGAGACACUAAGUGAAGACACAACUAGCAUGAUGAAGAAGAGACAGAAGAGAAAGAAAGAAGACAGAAAACAAUGACUAUUGAUUGCAGCAUACUGCAAAGACUGUGACGUUUAAAAUAAGUGUUGGAAAUGCCUACGAACAAUAAUGCGACAGCUAUUAGGGAGGCUUAUAAGCUAGAACACUGAUAUCUACGACCUAGCGAUCAAAACGAAGCGAGGAACAACAGAAUACGAUCACGACGAAGCAAUAAAGCGCAGCAUAUGAUCACGACGAAGCAAUGACGAUAACAAUGCGAUCACGCAAACUAACCACAUGGCAGCUGAGACAGCUCUGGAUAAGAAACCUACUGCCAGCAUGCGAGCAAGCAAGGGAGCAUCAGAUACGCGAGCCGCUAGACGCAGCGAGAGACCCGCUUGAUAGGAGCGAGAGAGAGGAACGACACAGCAGUAUAUAUAUAUAUAUAUUACGGGUCCUCCGGUGGCAUAGAGGAGUCGUUUCACUCUAGGGAGCAAAAUGUCAAGCCACCUGUCGACGUGUUUGAGGUACAUAUCUUGGAACAUGCAUGAACCCCAGACAGAGCAAUAUAGAUUUGAAGGUGAAAAUGACUUUGAAUCUUUUCUAUGGCUUGCUCAUGAACACGGAUUUGUUGUGAUCUUGCGGCCAGGACCAUACAUUGACGCCGAGAGGGACAUGGGUGGACUGCCUUACUGGCUACUGAGUGUGAAUGCUUCCAUGGCUCUUCGUACAUCCGAUCCCCAGUAUCUUUACUAUGUAGAUAGGUGGUUUGAUGUGCUGAUGCCAAAAAUAAAGCCCCUGCUAUACAGUAAUGGUGGUCCAGUUGUCAUGGUGCAGGUUGAGAACGAGUAUGGCAGUUAUUAUGCCUGUGAUGAUUCCUACAUGAAUCAUCUCCAUGUGAAGCUGAAAACUCACCUGGGCAAUGAUGUUGUCUACUUCACCACAGAUGGUGCAUCGCCUUACUAUCUGAAAUGUGGAAAACAACCUGGCAUCUAUGCAACAGUAGAUUUUGGUGCUUUGCCAAUGAAUGACACUAUGGAAAGAUUAGAAGAGGUAUUCAGUUCAAAAAUCAAGUAUGAACCACGAGGACCAUUGGUAAACUCUGAGUUUUAUCCCGGUUGGAUUGACCAUUGGGGAGAACCGCAUGCAACAGUACCAGCACAGUUGGUGGCUAGAACGAUGUAUGAAAUGCUUGCUAUCAGAGCAUGUUUUACUGUGUAUGUUAUAUGUGGCGGAACAUCGUUUGGAUUUUACAAUGGUGCUAACUAUGAUGAAGAAAAGAAAGCAUUUGAACCAAGUCCCACUAGCUACGACUUUGAUGCACCAAUCACUGAAGGUGGUGACUUCACAAUGAAAUACUUUCUUCUCAGAUCCGUGAUACAACAGUACAUAGACUUCAAUUUACCAGCAGUGCCACCACCUAUGCCUAAGUUUCCCUACGGUGCAGUCAGCAUGAAACUGAUUGGAAGCAUAUAUGAUGUAUUAGAUGACCUUUGCAAAGAUGGCUCCAACAAGUCGCUAUAUCCACAGAGCUUUGAACAACUGGGACAAGAUUAUGGUUUUGUCUUGUACAGAACAAAAGUGCCAGCCUUCGAUUCUUUUCCGAUCUUAUUAGAUCUCACGCACGUUAGGGACAGAGCCUACAUAUUAGUUGAUCAGUUUCCUGUAGGAAUUCUGAGCAGAAUGGACGGAUCAUAUGCUAUUCAACUUCCUAAACUUAAGCAGGGGCAGCAGCUAGACAUACUAGUUGAAAACCAAGGAAGAAUCUGCUAUGGCCCUUUAAUAAAUGAUGUCAAGGGGCUGAUCUGGAACGUGACCAUGAACAAUAGAACGCUGACUAACUGGGAGAUGUUCUCGCUUCCUUUCAACGCAACUCCGAGCUGGUUCACGAGUGCGUACGACUCGCGGGUGAAAUCGUCUGCCGACACCGCCUCGCAAAGCUUCGCAGCAACCCAUUCACCAGCAAGCUCGCGAGAUGACGAGGCGGUAUCUGACGGGCUCGAGGACGAGACCGCAUCUCAGUCUCAAUCGUCGUCACCACUCGAGGGCGAGCGUCUCGACGCCAACGUGCGCGCGCUCGAGAUGCUCGCGAGGCUGCUCCGCACGAGGGAGCAUGAACGUUCACUGGAACGGCUAAAGCGGCGAGGAGAGACGUUGGUGCGUCCGCCGCCGUCACUGCUGCAGAGCGGGGCACCGGCACGAGCCGUGUUCACGCAAGCAAUAAGGUACUACUAUGCCGGGCUUCCUCUUCCUGCAACCGGACACCCUGUGCCUUCUUUUUAUACGGGGGCGUUCAUAGUUCCUGGUCACAUUAAAUCGCCGCAGGACUCCUACUUGAGAUUGAAUGGUUGGUACAAGGGCGUGGCCUUUGUGAACGGCUUCAACGUUGGACGCUACUGGCCUGUGAUGGGUCCGCAGGUGACGCUCUACGUGCCCGCGCACGCGCUCAAGUCUCACCCGCAGGUCAACGUCCUCGUUCUGUUCGAGCUAGAGUGGUCGCCAUGCACCGCUGCGGACGACGCUGCUGACGAGGAUGACGACGGGACAACGGCCGAGUUCGGUGACGGCGUCGAGAGCGGCAACCGCGACCUGACCGCAUGCAAGGUCGAGUUUGUGACGAAGCACGUCAUCGACGGACCCGUGUUCAGAGCGUGGGAUGGGGGGUGGUACAGGCCGUAGCUACCGGUGGUGUGCCGCGGAGAAAUCAAGGUGGGCUGCGGCGAAAUUCAGGUGGGCCGGGGAGGAAUUAGGGUAGGCCGCAGAAAAAUUCGGGCGGGCCGCGGAGGAAUUACGGUGAGCAGCAAAAAAAAUUAGGGGGGUGGCAGUGGAGAAAUUAGGGUGGGCCACGGAGAAAUUACAGCGGGCCACAAAGAAAUUAGGGUGAGCCACGGAAAAAUGAGGGUGACCUUACGCAAGUUUGAUUCUUCGCGUGUGUGUGCGCCGCUGCACGACGUUGUGCAAUGAAUUAUUUAUGAUCUCGUUGAUUGCAUGAUUCGUUUGAGGUUAGCAUCACCUUGGCCUUGGCUAGAGUUACAUGCACGCUAAAUAAUAGAUCUCUAUGCUCGUCUGCAUCAGUAGUGAGCAUGAAUUAUUAUGCGAAAUCUAAUGUUUUCGUGGUAUUUAGGCUAUUACUUACUUUAUGUUACUUUUACUAUUACUUACUUAUUCUUUACUUACAGUUUCUGGGUACAUUUGCUCAAAGUACAUGAUAACCAGAUGUGCAUGACAUGUUUUUAAUUGAUUAAUGACAGAUUGUGUAUUGCUUUUUUUCUUCAAAUUUAUGAAUUGAAUGAAUGAAAUCAGGAGCUAGAAUUGAACUGGUCUGGAUUUCAGGAAAAUUUUGGUUCGUCUUAUGGGUCUUUCAUUAGCAACCUGUUUUUUUCAAGCGUGAUUUAUAAUAUGCAGAUUAUUUGUCAGUUGUGGUGAUUGUGUUUGUCUGAAUCGCUUUGCAGGAGUCCUGCUGACAGGCUGUUUCACUAUUUAUAAAACAAUUAAUUUAUUAUACAACAAAGUAAUUGACAAUCGUAAGACAACCCAAGUUUCCAAAUAUUCGGCCGAAUUCGAAAAAAACGAAAAAAAAUCACUUAUGUACAUUCGGAUAUAAUGAGAUGGUUAGUGGUUAACCAAUGCUACCUUCGUGCGUGCGUGCGUGCGUGCGUGCGUGCGUGCGUGCGUGCCUGCGCGUGAACGUUCAUAUGCUGGAAACAGUAGAUGACGAGAUGCCCCCCACCACCAUAAUAUGCCGGCCCACUAAUGUACUAAUUACGAUUGUAUUUCUGAUGUGUGUGCGCACAGCAGCCAAUGCAAAGCAAUUAGCUUUCCAUAUGCAAUGGGCUGUGCAACUAUGGUUAACGAUUGAUCGUGAAACAAAUUUAAUAUUAAACGAAAAUCCGUACUCAAAAAUCCUGUACUCAAUCCCUACUACGUGAGUAUUUUGGGUUGGGUGUUUGCCAUUGCCGGUUGUGUGCGAUGGGAACAGCUUUUAUAAUGUAUAUUUAUAGUAUAUAAAAUAAUUCGUAACGUUGCUUCUGCUUCAGGGUAUAUAUUAUAUAUAUAUAUAUAUAUAUAUAUAUAUAUAUAUAUAUAUAUAUAUAUUAUUAUGACGAAUCCUACUCAGUUUAUACGUCUCUGCGGUGGUUUGUAUGCGUACGUAAAAUCCGCACGUUAUUUGUUAACUGUUCUUUAUGUCAUCUGUUUACGAGGUUAUUGGGAAAUUGAGGGUGUGCCAAAAAUUUGUCAAUACGUACCAUGUAAAUGUUUUUUUAAUGUUGCGACAGAUUGGGAUGUAAAACAGCGGAAAUUACGUGUCGGCGCGUGGUAAGUAUUAGAAAUCGCUUCAAUCAGGUUUUUAAUGUCGAUUCACGAUAAGAGUACGCCUCAGCGAGUUACGCCACGUGCACACACGUCUUUGAUAUGAAAUGCACGAAUCACCAUUAAUUAAUCAAUCAUUGUCCGUCAUGUUUACAAUGAUGGCUCUGAUGCUAUCAAUGACAAACAAGAUUCCGUGUAAGCGGGUCUGUGCGUACGAAUAAUGGUCGAUGAGAAAGCCGGGAGUGUAAAUUUUGCAGAUUUUAUACUAUUUGGUGUUUCGUUCUCUUCUUCUUACUUUGCUCAUCUCACAUAUUGAAGUGAAGUUGGGAGAGCUAACCAGUGUUGUAGUAAUAAUAUAGCACGUACGCAACGUUAUUCUCAGGAUUGCGUUAAUUAAUUUAGAAAAAAUAGAAUUAUUAUCGAGAGCACUAAAAACCACAGGGUUUUGAUAUAGUUUAAUGUUUGGUUUAAAGCCACCAGUAAGGUUUGUGUGCGAUGUUAUGGUAUGUUUGAUGCGAUGCAUGUUAUAAUGAGAAAAAAAUUAUAUUAAUGAAAUUCUUAUAUUUUAUAUAUACCCUAUAACAUUUUAGCCUCUACAACUUUCAAAUCAAGGAAAACCAAGUCGGAUAUAGAUUUUUUUAUAGGUUUUUUUAUAGGUUAUUAUAUAGAAAAUUCUAUUUUACUCACACGUUAAUUCGUAAAUAUAACGUAAAAUUGGUAUUAUUUAUAUUGUAGCUUUAUAUAUAUAUAUAUAUAUAUAUAUAUAUAUAUAUGGGGAUUGGCAUGCAUUUUUAUAAUAAUAUCAUAUGGACAUGCGGUUAUUAGGCACGCGUGGCUAUAAACGUAUAACAUUGAUGAAGUCGUUGUUGAAAUUGUAUAGAUUGUAUAGAUAUACAUAAUAAAGAUAGUAAUAUUACGAUAAAAAC